AUGGAUACAAAAGAGCCAUCUCUCAAUACAUUCGUCAAGAGACACUCUGAGACACAUUUUGCUAAUAUCAAAUAUGGAUACUAUGUCUUGGUAAUAUCGCUAGUUUACCUCGUGGGGUUGGUACUUCUAAGAGCGUUUGGGACAAGAACGGCUGGCAGGUCAGGAUCACAACUCAGGAAUAAAGUCAUUUAUCGGAUCUAUAGCAUAGAUCCUGCAAUUCAUUUGGCUAUAUUGUUUCUCGCACUCCUGGCUCCCUUUUACUAUCAUUACUCCUUGACCACACAAACUGCUGUUUAUUUGAAAAGACUGGGAAGACUGAGUUAUGCAUUAGUUCCAUUAAACCUAUUCCUUACUCUAAGACCAAAUUGGAUAUUGAGAAAAAAUUGCGCCUACACUGAUUUAAUACCGUUCCAUAAGUGGUUCUCACGUUUUAUUACCGUGAUUGGUUUGCUUCAUGGCAUUUUCUUCAUCGUUAAAUGGGCCAUGGAUGAUACUGUUUCCUUAAAGCAGAAAUUGAUUUUGAAAACUUUCAAUCUUGUCGGAUUUGUAGUAUCAAUUUUGAUACUGUUUUUGCUAAUUUGCUCAAUCGGGCCCAUCAGAAGAUACAAUUAUCGCCUGUUUUAUAUUGUGCAUAAUUUGGUUAACCUUGCAUUCAUCUUGCUCGUCCCCAUACAUUCAAGGCCCGGUGUGAAAUUUCCCUUCCUCCUACUGAAUUGUAUUCUAUUGUUUUUCCACAUUAUCAAUAGAGUAAUAUUCGCAAAACCACUAAUUCUCUUGAGUAAGAAUUCAAAUUACACGAAGACAAAUUUAGUCCACGUAAAAUUACCAAGAGCAGUCAUUCCAGAUUUCUUUGAGCCUGGGUCUCAUAUAAGAAUCAGCCCCUACAGAAUAAUUAAUCCGCUUUACUGGUUAUUGCCAUCCCACCCAUAUACGAUUGCCUCUUUGGCAGAGGACAGUUCAAUCGACCUCAUCAUAAAGGAGACUUCAACAAUCGAGGGAGCUAGUCAAAUAGAGUCUCUUCGCAGCAAUCCGAAAUCGUUUUAUUUAGAACAAGAAACUUCCUAUACUCUCGUUGGUUGUUAUCCUCCCUCUGUACCUGAAAAAUGCCUUUCUCAAGGCACAAACAUAGCCAUUGUGUGCGGUGGGUCUGGUAUAUCUUUUGGCCUACCAGUAUUUAGGUAUUUUUUAAACAAGGAGGAUGUGAAGUACCUGAAAAUCAUAUGGUUGAUAAAGAGUCAUUCCGAAUAUGAACUUGUUUUGAACUACUUGGAGGCAAAUGACAUAAAUUUUGAAAAUGCAUCGUCCAACAAUAAGAAGUUUUUAAUAUUUAUUAGUGGAAAUUAUCUUGUGGAAACUCGACCAAACGAAGCCCCCAAUAUUGAGGAUGAAAAUUCAGACUAUGAAAUGGGGUCUUUCACUAAUGAAGAUGAAGACCUUUCAAUCUCCAAUUUCAAUUCACAAAAUGCGUACAGCAACGGCAAUACUCCAGAGACAAGUCAUAGUCCUACGGCCAAGAAUGGGAACUUGAUUGAAGUAAAAUCAAAGCAUAGUUUUACUCUUCACAAGGAAUUAAGAGAAUUUCAAAAUGGAAACUCAGGAAAGGACAAGGAUCAAACAUGGUUGUUUUCAUGCGGUCCUCCGUCGCUACUACGGUUGACUCAGGAAUACUGUCAUGACGAAAAUAUUAAUUAUGUCUGUGAGACUUAUGGAUUGUAA